UUCUUAUUCCCUAUAUCCUCUUCCUAAUAAUUGCUGGAAUGCCCCUGUUCUAUAUGGAAUUAGCACUAGGGCAGUAUAACCGAGAAGGGGCUGCCACUGUAUGGAAAAUCUGUCCAGUUUUCAAAGGUGUAGGCUAUGCAGUGAUACUCAUUGCUCUUUACGUGGGUUUCUACUACAAUGUUAUCAUCGCUUGGUCUCUGUAUUAUCUGUUUUCAUCAUUCACCUUUGAGCUCCCAUGGACAAACUGCGACAACAGCUGGAAUAGCCCAAACUGUACAGAUCCCAAACUCUUCAAUGCAUCAGUGCUUGGCAAUGGUACCAAAUACUCAAAGUACAAGCUCACUCCUGCAGCAGAAUUUUAUGAGCGAGGAGUUCUGCACCUGCACGAAAGCCGUGGAAUACAUGACCUUGGCUUGCCUCGUUGGCAACUUUCCCUGUGCCUCUUGGUGGUGGUAAUCAUUCUUUUCUUUAGUCUGUGGAAAGGCGUGAAGACUUCAGGAAAGGUUGUUUGGAUAACAGCCACUUUGCCUUAUGUUGUAUUAUUUGUCUUGUUAAUACAUGGAAUAACCCUGCCUGGUGCAUACAAUGGAAUAAAUGCAUACCUGCACAUAGAUUUCAGAAGAUUAAAAGAAGCCACAGUAUGGAUCGAUGCAGCUACUCAGAUAUUUUACUCCUUAGGAGCCGGGUUUGGUGUUUUAAUUGCAUUUGCCAGUUACAAUAAGUUUGACAACAACUGCUACAGGGAUGCUUUGCUGACUAGUACCAUUAACUGUGUCACAAGCUUCAUCUCAGGAUUUGCAAUUUUCUCCAUAUUGGGCUACAUGGCUCAUGAGCACAAAGUUAAAAUCGAGGAUGUAGCCACUGAAGGAGCUGGUUUAGUUUUCAUCCUGUAUCCGGAAGCAAUUUCUACUCUAUCAGGGUCUACCUUUUGGGCUGUGGUAUUUUUCAUCAUGCUCCUUACUCUUGGCAUCGACAGUUCUAUGGGCGGAAUGGAGGCUGUCAUCACUGGUUUGGCAGAUGAUUUCAGAAUUCUGAAGCAGCACAGAAAGCUCUUCACCUUUGGUGUUUCUUUUGGCACUUUCCUACUUGCUCUUUUUUGCAUCACCAAUGGUGGAAUUUAUGUACUCACACUACUGGACACAUUUGCAGCUGGGACUUCAAUAUUGUUUGCUGUUCUAAUGGAAGCAAUUGGAGUUUCCUGGUUUUAUGGUGUGGACAGAUUCAGUGAGGAUAUUCAACAAAUGAUGGGCUUCAAGCCAGGCCUCUACUGGAGACUGUGCUGGAAAUUUGUUAGCCCUGCUUUUUUAUUGUUUGUCGUGAUAGUCAGCAUAAUAAAUUUCAAACCAUUGACCUAUGAUGACUACACCUUUCCUCUCUGGGCAAAUCGCAUUGGCUGGGGAAUAGCAUUAUCUUCAAUGAUACUUGUGCCUGCCUAUAUUAUCUAUAAAUUUAUGAAUGUGCGUGGGACCUUUAAAGAAAGACUAGCUUACUGCAUCACACCAGAAAAUGAGCAGCAACUCGUGGCCCAAGGAAAUGUCAGGCAGUUUAAGCUUCAACACUGGCUAACAAUAUGACAUCGAACAGGUUGAGGAAAAAGCCACUAUGUUAAGAUAAACUGAGAAUACAGAAAAGUCAAGUUCAAAGCUCCCUCAAUUAUGCUUGGACCAGGCUGGCUCAGAGCUUAUCUACUGACUCUUUGAGGGAAGACAUCUGCUCUCUGUUCUCAAUGCCUCCUUUCUAUUCCUUGGCUUCAAAUGAUCUUUAAAGACUGAUUAUUUUUUCAUAUAUCCUUUGGUGCAAUGAGAUCCCUACAUGACCAAAACUUGUGAGUUUUGCUAUUGGCAGAAGGGGGAAGCAGAGAAAAAAAAAAAAGCAAUCAACAUAAGUUAAAUGCUCUUUAAGUGUGAAGAAGUGAACUAAACUUUUCUGAUAGUAAUAAUUGCUUCAGAUAUUCAUGCCACGACCUAUUUUAAACCAACAACACCUGAACAUUCUUAGAUCUAAGAAAAGAGGACGUCUCAAUUAUGAGGAUAGAGCAACUUUAACUAUGUACUAAUGUCAUUAGUUUUCUUGCCAUACUAUCCUUUGAGAUAUGAGUUUGCAUUCUUUUGAAGACUCAGUGCUUCAUUUUCAGUGUUUUUUCUCAUAGUGAAGAAGGUUGUUUGCUAUCUGUAGAUGUCCAUGCCAUUUUCUGUCCAGUUUAAUUAUACAAGCUGAAAAGCAGCAAGAACAGAAUUCCUGUUAUAGCUAGGUAGAAUAUACAGUUUCAUGCUGUACUGUACGUAAUAAAAACAUACUCCCUUAUAGCAACAUUUUAAAUGGCUUUAUCAUA